GGAAAAUAGACGCGCGCGCGCGCGCGUGUGUGAGUGCAUCCGCGCGCGUGCCAUGCUCUCACACACGCCACGCCCCCUCCUGUCGGGAACACCCUGCCGCUGAGGCUGGCUGUCAGACGGCGCUGAGGCGCACGCACGGACCGCGGGCUCCGGGUCUGACUCCGCUUCUCGCCUCCCGCUUUCCUUCGUCCCUCCCCGCCACCAGAUCCUCGUAAGGCUGGUGUCAAGUGGUGGGGGUGUGGACUUCUAACAAGCCCCCUCCUAGUUGGAGAGGGUGGUUGCCAUGGAAGCAAUGACUCAGACCAACUCGGACCAAUCACAGCUGACUGCUUACCACAGUUAACCCUUCUGGAAGUUUUUCCAUAUUGACCAGAAAAAGAAACACGGGAACAGCAUCAGGGCUUUCCAAAAAGGCUCAGACAAAAGGUCCAUCUCGAUCCUUUUUAGAUGUUACAGAGACCACAAUCAUAAUGUAGUCCUGCUGGAGAUUAUAAACCCAUUAGAUUGGAAGAUUUAUCUGGCUGAGUUUACCCAAAGGAGCCAAUGGAGAAAGUUGAGGAGGACCUGAACCUCUCAUUUCUGCUGGAUCAUGAAAGAGAAAUGAUCCUAAAGGUUCUUCAAAAAGAUGAGAAACUAAGAAAACAAGAGGAGAAAAGGAUCCGGAAGAUGAAGAACGAGCUUUUGGAGAUCAAGCACAAAGGCUUCCCUCGGCCUCAGGAGUCCGGGGACAGGCUGUGUGCCCGCUGCCUCAAAACUUUAGGCCUGAUCUUCGACCGGGGAGAACUCUGUGAGGAGUGUCAGCAGCGCGUCUGCAGCGAAUGCCGGGCUUUAACUGCCAACUCGCGCAAGUGGAGAUGCAACGUCUGUGCCAAGGUCCUGGAGCUGAAGGUGGUGAGCGGAGAGUGGUUCCUGGAGGAGCGGUCCAAGCGCUUUGAGCAGCAAGUGAUGAGCAGCGACGUGAUCAAACACACCAUCCUCACCAGCCCGCCCUCCGCGGAGAAAAAGCCGGCGGAAAAGCCUCCAGUCUCCCCGAACCCGGAGAAACAUGGCAAGUCCAAACCCGGCCGGAGCGCCAUACGUAACAUUGUGGACGGCGCCAAAAAGAAAGGACGGAUGAAGGCUGAUAAGAAGGGCGGACGAUCGAACUUGAAGCCGGAAGAUAGAGUCGACGGAGCCAGCGCCAAGUCUGCGUCAGACGGAGAAUCUCACAGCAGUGGAAGUGUCGGUUCUGCUCAGAGCACGUACUCAAACAGGAGCGCUGCGGUUGCCGUGGAGUCCUCGGGUUUAACCACGGUCCCCAACAACCUGCGUUCCCAAACUCCGGCCAAAUCCUCCACUCCCGGUGAAACCCGGAGGGUCAGGGUCAGCAAAGAGAACCGCAAACACACACAACCUGACGGAGCUGAAAGCGUUAGCAGUUUGCAGUCCGGCGACAGCCUGCCCGAGAAAAAAGCAUCCGGACAUCACAGGAAGAGCUCCGGCACCCCGGCCAUUUCUGUGUCGAGGGUCUCUCUGUCAUCAGACCGCAGCCACUCUGAGAUGGACCUGUCAGCUUUCGGUUCUGAACCCAGCGACGACGCCCUCACCCAAGCGGGGUUUUCUGAUGAGGACGUGGAGGAAGACAUUGAUGCCCUGGUGCCAUCCUACUCCCCGAGUCCCAAGCUGUAUCUCAGCAGCGCCGUAUCCACGUCUUCCACUCCCGCCUCGGAGCGAAGAUGGGGCUACCUCAGUGUCCCCGACUCGGAUGCCGAGACUAGCAGCAUUAACAGCAUGACGAGCAUGUACAGCGAGACCGGUGACUAUGGCAACGCCCGGGUGAGCGGCGAAAUCCUCAUGAACAUCAGCUACAGCUACAAAACAGGUGCCCUCAAUGUCCUGGUGAAAGAGUGUCACAACCUGGCAACGGGAGAUGAGAGGAAGCAGCGCACCGACGCUUAUGUGAAGACUUAUCUACUACCUGACAAGUCCCGUCAGAGCAAGAGGAAGACCAGCAUCAAGGCCAACACCAUCAACCCCGUUUUCAACGAGAGCCUGAGGUAUGUGAUCAGCCACUCUCAGCUGGAGCUGCGGACGCUGCAGGUGUCCGUGUGGCACCACGACCGAUUCGGAUACAACAGCUUUCUGGGAGAGGUGGAGCUCUCCUUUGACUCGUGGGAGUUCGAUUCCCAGAUAGAGGAGUGGUACGCUCUGCAGCCUCGGGUGGACGGCAGCACGGACUCCACAAUGCAUUACAAGGGAGAGCUGACCGUUGUGCUGAAGUACAUCCCGGCGGAGAUCAACACGACGCCUCCUCCGGACCAGGUUCAAGUGAAGAAGGGCUUCCUGAAAGGCAAGAAGACGAGCAGCUUCACUUUGCCUAAAGGAGGGAUGGUGGAGCUGUUGGUCAAAGGAGCCAAAAACCUGACCGCCGUCAAGGCCGGAGGCUAUUCUGACCCGUUUGUGAAGGGGUACCUCCUGCCUGACAGCAACAAGUCAACCAAACACAAGACGGCGGUGGAGCGGCGCACCGUGAACCCACACUGGAACCACACCUUCACCUACUGCGGCCUGCAGCCAGGAGACCUCAACAACAUCUGCCUGGAGCUCACAGUGUGGGACAAAGAAGCUCUGGCCAGCAAUGUCUUCCUGGGAGGGGUCAGGCUGGGGGCUGGCACAGGCAACAGCUACGGGAACGAGGUGGACUGGAUGGACUCGUACGGCGAGGAGCAGCGGGUUUGGCAGCGCAUGAUCGAGACCCCCGGAGUUCCCCACGAGUGCACGCUGCUGCUGCGCUCCAGCAUGCGCAAACGCAACACGUGAAGCGCAGUCAGAGAGGAAGACGGGUGCAGGGAGAAGAGAGAGUCCCCCCCUCUCUAGUUUUUUCAUGCAGAUCUCCUCUCUGGUCCACAACAACCACUCAUGCCUUACUCACUCAUCCGUAUGUGCCCCUACAACUACCAGUGCAUCCAGUCUUGACCGAGCACCACAGCUUUUCAAUGAAACCCCGGUGACAUUGAGAUGAAGAAGCACAGGUCUGUCUGUGAGCCUCCUCUGCAUGUUUCUGCACAUAAACAUUCUUACAAUAUUAAAACAACUUACAAACAUUUGCUUAAAAAGCAAAAUUCCCUCAAUACGCGAUUACAAAUACGCUGAGUUUGAAGCACAGAUUCAGUUCUGCAGUAACUGUAAUCACCAAAGGACAGAAGGAACUUCAGAAAGACUGAGGAAAAUACAAGUACUGAUAUUUUUUAAGACAAACGGUGUAUUUUGAGGCACAUUUCUUCACUGUUACCUUAAAUAGUCUCAAUUCUGGUGAAAUGCUUUGUUCUGAAUUGCAUUUCUUUCUGUUCUGAUACACUUUGAGGACCAAAAUACAGUUUUUAUAUCCUUGAAAUUCAAUUUUAGGAUCUGUUUUAUCAAAAACAGUUAAGUCAGAUUUUGCCGCUGGUAUAUUAUUAUUGGAUUUUCAGUUUUAUGUGACACGAUGAGGUCAAUCUUAUAUGGAAGUUUAUUUUCCUUACCCAAAAUUCCAAGUCACAUUCAAUUCCCAAUGAACAAUUUGAAUUCCUAUUUGCUGAUUGAAGUUUGCAAUGAAAAAUUACAAUUCAGU